AUGUUCACACUUUUAUGGACCUUCUACAAUAGAGGCCUCCUAUAUAAGACGGAGACCUCUCUGGCCAACCACAACUUGAGCGUACAGCUCGACACUAACAGGACAUCUCCGUCCAACUUCGCGUCUGGCUUUGUCCCAUCACCGGUAUCCAGCAACCUCCAAAUGGGUGACUACCAGGAUCCUAGCGCCUCCAGGUCCACCGAGGGUGGCUGGUCCAGUUUCGCGAGAGAAGCGAACAGCUGCAGUAACGGCCAGUUGGGAGAGACCACCGCGGCCUCAGAUGGAGCUUCCCGGGACCCCUCAGGGGCCAAGGCGGUGCAGCAGUUACAACCGGAGAGUGGCGAGCUUAGCCUGCAGCAGCGGCCUCAGCAGCCUCAGCAACAAACUCAGCAACAGAAAGCGAGUAGCUCCAGCUCCCAGAGCAAUUCUGAUCGCUACAAGACGGAGUUGUGUCGGCCCUUUGAGGAAAGCGGCAUUUGCAGGUAUGGCCACAAGUGCCAGUUCGCUCAUGGCUCCAGCGAGCUGCGUACCCUGUCGAGGCACCCGAAGUACAAGACGGAGCCUUGCCGCACCUUCCAUAGUGUUGGCUUAUGUCCCUACGGCACUCGCUGCCACUUCAUCCACAACCAGCCCGAGCAGCAACCUGUGCCUUCAGAGAAUACCUCUGGUGAGCCGAGCUCCUUCAAUAGCUCCAAUGAGCUGCACUUGGGCUUUAACCCGGAGCCGCAUCCCAGGGUGCAGAGCACCAGCAAUUCGGGCUUCCCGUUGGGCCGCAGCCAUGCCCCCCAGACGCCUCUGCUGCUCACACACCAAGUGUUGAGCUCAGGCAGGAUGCUGCCCGCAUCAUAUCCUGUGGCCCCGCCAGCCCAGGUGGCCCCAGCAGCUCCGGCAGGUCCGGCAGCUCCGGCAGCCCCGGCAGUCCCGGCAGCCCCGGCAGCCCCGGUCCCGUCUGUUACCUGCCACAACAAUGCCGUCACUUUCGGGCAAGAGAUGGGUGGCUUCUUCGCUCCUGUGGCAAUGCAGAACCACAACUUCGCCAAUGCCACCGCCUAUUAUAACAGCCAGCAGCUGGGCCUGGCAGCUUCUGGGCAAUUCCCAAUGCCCCUUGCCACACCUCAGCCUGCAGCCACCAUCUUAGCUCAGGCUGGUGUUGGCCCCGCGGCUGCCGCUGCCUUUGUUCCAGGGACUGUCGCUGCCGCCCUAAUGGGUUCUGGCACUGCAGCCUCCACUACAGCUGGCCCUGGAGCAACCACCGCUGUCGGCAACUCCUUGGCCACCAUCAUCCGCACCACUGCAGAGGGUCCUGCCACUGCUGCGCAGAGUCCCGAACCUCACUUCAGCCUCCAACUGCCAGGAGCCCAGUCUGAGUCGCCAGAGUUCGAUGUAGUCACCAGCACCCUGGAUUCCCUGUUUGGCACCGACAACUUCGACGACUUUGUGAGCCGCUCCUCAAGUUCCAGCAGCCUCAAUAACUCUGGAACUCCCAGCCGUCGUCUGCCCAUCUUCAGCCGUCUUUCUGACUCCGACAAAUGA